UCCAGCCUGCCUGCUCCUCCUCCUCGCCUCUUUUCCUCGCCGGUGGCUGCAGUGCACGCCACUCCCAAACUUUCUUCUCACUUCAGCGGACUUUUCCAUGAUUAAACACACGUAAUGACUUUUUCUUAAAGGGAUGCGAGGAAAGCAAAGUGACAGCCAAGGGUGGACGGCGGAGGAGUGAAUGCGGACUAACGCGCCUCAGCUGAUCAACGUCUUUACUUCCACCAGCAGGAGCCGCUGAGUGGCCGCACGCUCGGAUGCAUUUAUCACUGGAUACCAUGAGCAUGGUGGACGACAGCUGCCUCUCGCCCGCCAACUUCCACGACCUGGCCAAAGGCGGAGGCACGGUCACGGUGGGGGGCCACGUCCACAGCAUCGACGUCAUCCUGGGAUUCAGUAAAGAUCAGGAUUCCCUGCUCAGCCCCGCCACGGGGGCCCCCGGGCCGCAGAAGGUGAGCAUAGAGGCCUUGGCGGAGGCCGGCAAGCAGCACGAGUCCCACCCGUCCUACAGCGGCCACCUCGGCACCCUCGGGGAUGACGGCUCAGAGCAGCAGCACCGGUACCAGGAUGCUGCCCUCUUCACCAACAAGUGCGAGGAGGAGCUGAGGAAGAGCGCGGACAGCGACGAGGGCAAGUCGCCGGAGUCGUGCAAGGACGAUCAGCCCAAGAAGAAACACCGACGCAACCGCACCACCUUCACCACCUACCAGCUGCACGAGCUGGAGCGCGCCUUCGAGAAGUCCCACUACCCGGACGUGUACAGCCGCGAGGAGCUGGCCAUGAAGGUCAACCUCCCUGAAGUCAGAGUUCAGGUGUGGUUUCAGAACCGAAGAGCAAAAUGGCGCCGCCAGGAGAAGAUGGACGCCAGCACCAUGAAGCUCCACGACUCGCCGAUGCUCUCCUUCAACCGCCCGGCACCGGUCCACACCACCAUGGGACCCAUGAGCAACUCCCUCCCCUUGGAUCCCUGGCUGACCUCGCCCUUGUCUAGCGCCACGCCGGUCCACAGCAUCCCGGGCUUCAUGGGUCCGGCUCAAGGCCUGCAGCCCAACUACCCCAGCCACGGCUUCCUCAACUCCAGCCCUCACCCGUCCAUGGGGCAGGGGAUGCAGAGCAUGGCCCCGCCUCCUUACCAGUGUCCGGCGCCGUACCCUGACAAGUUCCCGUUGGAGGACAUGGACCAGCGCAGUUCUAGUAUCGCUGCGCUGAGGAUGAAAGCCAAGGAACACAUCCAGUCCAUGGAUAAAACCUGGCUACCCAUGUGACUAACGACAAGGACGUUCCCCACAAUGCAAAAUCAUUCCCAGGAUUUAGGGACUCUCUUUAUACACUUUUAAUAUUUGUUUUUUUUACUUCUCAAAGUCAUAAAGUGCAUGAGUGACGUGUUUUCAAACUGCCCACUGAAAGAGCGCUCAUGUUUUGUGUUCGAUAUGUCCAACUUUUUAUUGAUUUCUUAUUCAUUUGUCCCCACUUCAUUCCGUCAUUGAAUAUGAAUCCUUUUGCCAUUAUUUCCUGGACUGAUCAGGAUCGAAGUUACAGGGGGGUGGGGGAUAUUAAGGCAACACUGAAAAGAAGAACAUUCACUCCUCAAAAUGACACAUUUAUUGGGGGUUUUUACCAUCAAUUUUUUUAAUUAAAACAAAUAUGACUUGUAAGAUGACAUGUUUUUUUCCCGUUUUAACGUUAUGCCAACAUCCUGCUAAACCUUCCACAUUAUUUUCUAUUUUUAAGACUCAAAAAGUGUUUUUUUACAGAAAAAAAAAUACAGAUUUUUCUCUCUUAACACAAUCAUUCCUUUUUCAUGACAUUACAACUUUUUAAAAAAUGUCCAAACUUUAUCCUCUCAAGAGUAGACUACUACUUUUUCCUUCAAAAAUCUUUUUAAAGCAUUCUUCGAGUGAAAUUCCAACGUUUUUUUUGUCAUUUUACAACUUUUUUCUAAAAAAAAUAAAAAUAUGAUGACUUAAAACAUUGCAGCUUUUAAAAAAUAACUUCAAUCUUGCAAGAGUAUUACUUUUUUCUUGUACUUUUACAACCUCAUCAUAAUUUGCAUAACUUCUACAAAAAAAGACUUUACUCACUUAACCUUACAAAUUUUGUUCCUAACGUUUUUUUCUGAAAGCAAAUUUUCAUUUCCAUAACAUUGCAACUUUUUUUUGCUAAAUUUGUUGUCGUAAUUUUACAACUUUAUUACAACUUUUCUUCUCCAACAAAAUUUACUUUAUUUGUAUGACUUUUUUGUAACUUUUUUUUUUUUUUAAAGCAAAUCAUUUUUUCGCCUCGGAAUAUUGCACCAAAAGUCCGCCUAAAAUUAGGUUGAGUUCAUUUUCAUAACAAUGCGACUUUUAAAAAAGUCACAUUUUUUUUCGUAAAGUUCCAGCUUCAUUAAAACUUUUUUCUCGUGUAAUAUGAUGGCGUCAUUUUUCGAAUAGUCCAACUUUUUUCUAAAAAAAAAAAAAAAAAUUCCAACUUUAUUCCUGCAAGAGUAAAAUGCCAACUUUUGUCUUUUAGUUUUCCAACUUUAUUGUGACUUUUCUUCAACAUGAAAAUGUGACUUUAUUCAUGUUCCCCUUUUACAUGAUUUGUAAAAUAAUUUGUUUCUUAAAGCAAAUUCCUUUUUCAUCAUAAAAUUAUGAUGACUUAGUUUUCACAACAUCUCAACUGAAUAAAAAACUCCAACUUUUUCUUGUCAUUUUACAACUUUAUGAUAACUUUUUUUGUCAUAAUAUGAUUUUGUUUUUAUAACAUUACAAUUUUUAUAACUUUUUUGUGCACUUUUUUUUGCAAGAAUAUUACUUUUUUCAAGUGAAAUGGCAACUUUGUUCUUGUAGUUUAUUACAACUGUUUUAUCUUGUAAUACAACGACUUCAUUUUUAUGAUAUCGCAACUUUUUCUUCCAAAAAGAACUUGAUACCUGCAAGUAAAAUGCCAACUUUUUUGCUGUAGUUUUCCAACUUUACUGUGACUUUUCUCCUCCAAAAAAUUGGACUUUAUACAAAUUUUCUUCAUAACAAAACUUUUUUCUAAAAGCAAAUUAUUUUUUCCCCAUUUUUUUUCAACAUAAAAAAAUCCCACUUUUUCCUUGUAAUUUUCCAACUUUAUUAUAACUUUUUUCCCUUAUAAUAUGAUGACUUAAUUUUUAUAACGUUGCAACUUUUUCUAAAAAAAAAUUCCAACUUUUCCUUGCAAGACUAUUACUUUUUUUUCCAAGUGAAAUGUCAACUUAUUUCAUGUAUUUUUGCAACUUGAUUGUAAUUUUUCUUCGACAAAAAUGUGACUUUAUUCAUUCAUUAACUUUUUUUGCUCGGAAUAUUAUGCCAAAUCAUCAUAAAAUUACAAUUGAAUUUUUCUUGCAAUUUUACAACUUUUUUUCUCCCAAAAUGACUGAACUCGUUUAUUUUUGGCAUGCGGCACAUUGUAGAAAAAAAAGGGGAACAAAAUGGCAAAAAAAAGAAAAAAAAAAAGAUGAAAUGUUGAUACUAAUAAUAACACAACAUUUUGGCUUUAAAAAUGUGUAAAUGUUUUUUUUUAAUCCUUUUUAUAAAAUGAAAAAUAUGUCUAAAAAUAUCAAAGUAUUCCCCCACAUUUUUUAAUUUUUCUGUCUGCGGCCCUCGGAGGAAAAAGUUUGGACACCCCUGGUGUAACCUUUUUUUCCUUGUAAUUCACCAACUUUAUUCUCUUCAAAAAGUACAACUUUUUUCUAAAAAACGAAAAAAAUACAACUUUAUUCUACUUUUUCAUGAGGCUAUUUUUUGUCUCCAAAAAAAACUAUUUUGACUUUAUUCUCAUAGUAAAAUUACUUUUGUCCUUUUCAGUGUGGCCCUAAUACUCCUUCACAGGUUUAUUACUAGGAUGCUUCCUUAAAAAUGUUCUUUUUUUGCUCUCAACUUUGAUGUUUUUGUCCUGUAAAAGGUACAAAGAGUUAGCCAGGUGUCCAAGGAUGAGUCCUGCGAGGUACGUCAGUGAGACUGGACCUUGAAAGACAGCCACGGGCUCCUCGUUUACCCUUCUAGCAUCUCCACAGUGGGGACGCAUGGCAAAGAAAAUGCCAAGUUUUGAAAAUAAAGCGGGCUGUGAAGUCAGACAAUCAGUCAAGGAGCAGCAGAGCACCUUCUAACAUACGGGAAUAUACCAAAAAAAACAAUCAUGCACACUUGUGUUUUGUGCUGCCAUGCUUUAAAGAAGGCCCUCGGAAUGGAAUGUAGCAAGAAAAAGUGAGGGGUACAGGAGCCCAGGAGCCCAGGAGCAAGAAAAAACAACUUUUUUUGCUGUUGUUUUUGCUUGAGUGACUGUUGGAGGAGAAAGGCUGUUGGCAGCUCGGUGUUGGGUGGCUGCGCGUACGUGCGGGGCAGCACCGUGUGAUGCGUCACCCCACAUAGUUUGCUCUUUGUUCGGCACAAUUGAUCCAAGUGUAUUCUCUUUGUCUGCCCUUGAAGGGGGGAAACGGUCUCAGGCAGCAGUAAAUAGGCCCUUGUGAGCGUGGUUUUUUCCUCAAUCAAAGGAGGAGAACCAUCGAUUGUAGCUGCUGUCAUCAUUAGUGACACCGUUUUGCUCUCGUCCAUCUGGCCCUCGCUUUGCCUCCGAUUGUCACUUCAUGCACAGUUCUCAUUUCCACGCCGUACAACAGGGGUGUCCAAAGUUUUUCCAAGUAAUAAAAAAACAAAAGGAAUUUUGACACGGUCAAACCUCGAUUUCAUGUGAUUCCUUUUUUCCCCGGACAAUUUGACCUUGGUUUUGGUAGAGUAACAAACGAGUCCGUUUAACCUGUGCUGUGCUCUAGUGGCCACACAAAGCACCCCACACGCUGCCGACUCACUGUCUGUGCAGUUGGGUUUUUAUUUUGAAUUGAGAACAGCUGCUACAUAACCCGCCAUGGGGCCAAAGAAAGUUGCAAGUGCCGGCAAUUUGAUGAAAAAAGGUGAGAAAGACCAUUGAAUUCAAGAUAGAACUCAUCUGAAAGUACAAAGAUGGCGUCCCAUCUCAAUGUGUACAUUUCCUAACCAUAGCAGUACCUCGCUAGAUGACGGUUUUUGAAAUAAUAAUUAAUUAACUCAUUCAAUCCCAGCCAUUUUUUAAAAGACAACCUCUUCAGUAGCGGCCAUUUUAGACCAUUUUAGCUGAUCUUCCAAGGCACACAGAAUAUUGUGUUGUAUGGUUAUAUAAACAUGGAACCUACCAAAAGAAACAUUACACUCCCCUCUUUCAUCAGAAAAAAAGAGUUUGUUUCUACCUUUUUCCGUUCUUUAGUAAUCAGCAGUAGAACAUAGGUAAGUUUCAGGAAAAUAUCAGUUCCUGACUAAAAAAGGGAGAAAAGGAGCUUUUUGUGAAAAGAUACAUUUCAAGCAUAACUUUCACUUGCUUUUGUGACAUCUCAAAUAUCUAUCACAACAUAAACAACACAAAAAUGGUUGUUUUACAUCAAAAUAACAACGGUGGUCUAGUGGUUAACAUGUUGGCCACACAGUCAGGAGAUGGGGAAGACUUGGGUUGGAAUCUCCGUUGGGCAUUUCUGUGUGGAGUUUGCAUGUUCUCCCCGUGCGAGCGUGGGUUUUCUCCGCCUCCGGCUUCCUCGCACAUUGGCCGGCAUGUUAGCUUGAUUGGAGACUCUAAAUUGUCCAUAGUUAUGAAUGUGAACUUCCUCCUUCCUGUCACGUGUGAUUUUUCCUUCCACAUGAUCCCUGCCGAGCUCUUUAUGCACUUCUGCCACCUUGUGGCCGUUUUUAUGGCUCAAAAGUGCUCUGAAAUGUUAACGCAUUAGUGGAAAAUUGCAUCAUCGCCUCUUUUUGCCUCUUGCGCAAAAACACGUAAAAGUCGUAUAAAUACGUUGUCGGAAUGGGGGGUUCGGAAUAUGAAAACGUGUAACUACGUCUUUAGUAUUGAAAGAGUUAAUGAUGGCUUUUAUGGCUUAUUAGUCAAAAAAGACAGUGUUGUGGUCACGAGGCACUACCUUUCACAUUGCAUGGCGACUGGCUACUGAGCUAGCUGGCUGAGAUCGAGUGAAAAAAAGGUUCUCCUCUCAUUCCGUGAGGAAGUGGUUUUGGGCUUCUUUGUCCUCCUUCCCCACUCCGUUUGAAACACUUUCUUAAGUUUAGAGUAAGUACCUUUGCUGCAACUACAACAAUAUUCUGUUUAUUAUUAUUUCCCAUUAUUGAGUCGGUUCUGGAACCAAUUAACCACGAUAAACGAGGGACGACCGCAUGAUUAUUCUCUGUAAAAUGUAUUUUUUGUUCAUAUUUUUGGGUGUCUGGAAUGGAUUCAUUGGAUUUCCGAUGGGGGAAAAAUGACUCCCGUUUUUUUCCGGACCUUUUGGAACAAACAAAUGACAAAAAACGCAGUAUUUUAGAUUUGGAAAAUGAACCCAACAUCAAUAUGGAAGGAAGUGACACACAUUUAAAGAAAAAGCAUAUGAUUAUGAGUAUGAAUAUUGCAACUAUGUUUGUGUGCAUUGCUGUGUUUUUUCGAAUGUGCCGCGGGGCCACACUUUGGGACACCCCUGUUGUAUCGGUUUUGGAUCUGACGUUUCCUCUGGUCAGUCCUCGCAGGUUCUUUUAUUCUGUGGGCUGUAAAUAAAUAAAGAUUCCAGAAUGAAUAGUUGUUGAACAAUUUAUUCAAGAAGAAUUGUUCCAGAAAAGGUGAGAAGCACCGUCAUCCGGGAGAAACUCGGAGUAGAGGCGCUGGUCAUUGGGUCGGGGUGCCUCCCAGACGCCUCCCUGGUGAGGUGUUCAGGGCACCCCCUCUUCACCCUCUGUUGUGUUGAAAAGCCGCAUGGUGUGGGGGAGGAAUGAUCUGUUCAGUCUUUUGGUGGAGCUGGACAGUGAUAGUAAUCUGCCAGUGAAGUGGGUCUUCUGUGGGGAGAUGAUGCUGUGCAUUGGAUGGUGCUGGUUGUCCGUGAUGGAACGGAACCUCCUAAGCAUCCUUUGAUCUGCCACAGACGUCAGGCUGUCCGGCUCAAUGUGAGAACGUGAGAAAAGUGAGUCGUAAGCUCAUACAGACCUGGCCCGCACUUCACGGAAACUCGGAAGGUUCCUCUGCCUUUUCCAAUGGUUCUGUUCCCGCUUAUAAGGUACCAAGCCGGGCCAGAUGUUGACCAACGUUAAUAACUUGACACUUGGACGUUAUACUUUAUCUACUCUUCCAUCAAGUGCGAGGUCUCCUUGUCUUUUGUUCUCAUCGUACGAGGUGUGUCAGAAAAGUUCCAGGACUGUCCCCGUUGAUCACAUCCUUCCAGGUGAGGGGCGUCGUCCACCGCGAGUUCGAUCAACCAGCAGGUCUACAAAGGGAUCUUGCCGCGUUUGCGUCUUUCAGUGCAAGAAGAGGCGAGCUCUGCGGCAGGACAACUUGUGGCUGCUGACAGUGUCCUGGCUGUCCAACAGUCCCUGGCCGAGAAGAACGAGAAAAACCGUGCUGGAGCAACCAGCCUCCAUACUCACCCGACCUGGCUCUCUGUGUGAAAUGUUUCCUCUUUCCGAAGCUCAAGAUGGUCAUCAAGACGUGGAUGACGCCAAGAUGGCCUCGAUGACUAAGCACCAAAGGAUCCAGGAAGAAUCCGUCCAGGAGUGCAGGAAGGCGUUGCAGAGAAGGCUGGGAAAGUACAUCAGACUCCAGGGGGAUUACUUUGAAGGGGAAAACUUGUAGUUUGAAGAAGAAGGAUGAUUUGAACAAGGAGUGAGGGAAGCCAUCUACGUUGACAGAGGGGGGGCGUCUACGACACCCCCUUUCUCCCACAUACAAUGCCGUCCUUUCAUUCCUUCCUAAAAGACGGCGUCUAACAAAUAUACAAGGCAUUGGUUUCAGAUGGGUCCAUGGCCAUCAUUACAUCUGAAUGGGAUGCUAACAAAGGUGAUACCAUCCCAAACCACCAUCGUUGGGGGGGGCGCGGCCCCACUCCAUCGUAUCCCAGCGAUCGUCAUUUGACACCGAUAAAGAGCCAACCGUUCCUGUCUGGACCGGCAUCCUUCUUUAGAGGACAAAUAGAUUGGAUCUUGCACCGAGCUCUCAGACUAGUGCUGUCCUAUCUAGUCUGAAAGGUGUGUCCCACCUAGUCGUUGAACUGAUGAAGCCUGCUCGGAUGAGAGGCCAAACGUCUUCCAACACAACCUGAACAGUCCAGUUGACAACUGCAGUUUGAAGUGUAUCUUUUGUGACACCAGUCCUGGAAUGUUGUCACUCACCUCGUAUGCGUGCGUGUAUGCACGGGAGUGAUUCACCAGGUCUUCGGACCAGAAUCACACUUUGUGUAUUAGUUCUUAAAACGGAGUACAUGUCCUCUCAUGAGGGCAGGUAGUCCCCAGAUGGAGGUGGCCUCACCACGGGUAGGUGAGAUUGCCCAGUCCCAACCUUUUACUGUUGGGAUGUGACCCCCCAAGCACAAUUCCCAGGUGACGAGGAACCUUCCGAGCUUCCAUUAAGUGCAGGUUGGGUCAUUCUCUGUAUCUGCUUCCGACUCACUUUUCUGGACCAAUUCUUCUUUGAUACAUUGUUAAACGACGAUUCGUUCUCGAACCUUCAUUUACAAGCGAUUGAAUAAAAGAGUGCGGCUGGACUGAGCAGACCAGGAGAAGAGUCAGAUCCUAACAACCGGUUCCUUUCUAAAUGCCCCCUUAUGAGGGCAGUUAGUCGCCAUAUCGAGGUGGCCCCACAACAACACAGGAAUCACCCAAUCUCAGCGUCUUGCGGUCGGAAUGUGUCCUAGUCCUAGGCGACGGGGAACUUCCGAAAUUCCGUUAGCGAUGGGAUUGUAUGCGCUUACGACUAGGGUUGGGCAUCCUUUGAAUUUGUACGAUUCCGGUUUUGAUUCCGGUUCCUAAUUUUUUGGAUGAAAUGUCUGAAUUGUUUAAUGAUAUUAUUAUUAUUUUUUAAUCAACUUGAAUGAAUAUUUAUAAAUUUCAAAGCAUUCAACUUGAAUAGAAACGUUAUGAAGUUUCUUUCUACAGGAGUAGACUUUCACAAAAGAUGUUUACUGAAAAGUAGUCUACUUUGUUUGCUGCCUCAGCUAUUUUUAUGACACACUUAUUUUCAGAACACAAGUAAACGGGAUAGCGCUCUUAUUGUGAAGACCGGAAGUGUGUUGUGUGAGUUGAGAAGGUCCCUCGACUGUUGCUAGCAGAGACGUACUGUGCAAAGGAUAAACCUGCCCAUCUGUAGCCGUAGCUCCCGUCCUUCAUUUGCACCCAACUUCCACAGCAGCUAGCAUCCUGACACCCUGGCUUAUGUCUGCAUGAGGCAGACGCCAUUUAUUGUUGGACUUCCCUGAUUCUGACUGCUUAGAGGAACUCCGCGGCUGUUUCUUCCGGUUGGCAAAGCGGGAGUCGGAACUAGGAAUCGAAAUAAAAGCUUUUGAACGAUCCCGAGAGAAUCGGAUCGUCAGUCCCGGUUCCCACCCGUGCUCGAGACUCGAUGACCGACCCUUCUGUAACAAUUCUUCUUUGCCGACUAUUCAUUGUGAAAUCUUUAUUUCCAGGAGAUAGAAUAAAAGAAAGCGGGUGGAUCGACCAAGAGAAAAGUCAGAUCCUCUUCCAGUUUUAGCAAUUUCUUAUCGACACCUGAUCACCUCAACUUGUGGGCAAGAAGAGGAUGAACUUGCACAUUCAGAGCUUCUACGUGUGUGAUUUGGGACCACAAAUAAGCCAAAGGUUUUGGAGAAAACUGCACUGGAGGUUUUUUUUAUGUGAACUUGCACAGGUUUUUUUUUUUCCUACCCUGUCACUUUUUUGUUUCUGUAAAUGUGUGUUGUAGAGCUAGAAUUCCUUCUUUUUCUCCGCUGCGUACUCUGGAAAGAAGUGAAGAAAGAUCUAAUGGAAAUAAAUCUAGUUUGAUAGAACAUGUGUCGCCGCUUUUUGGCUUUCAUGUUGACCCGUGUGCUCAUUCCCACACUUUCAAUCCAAGAUUACACCAGAAUAAUCGUGAUCAUCUGACAUACAUGCGCACGGACAUUUUUCUUUCUUUUCCUUGUCACUUGUGCACCCUCGGUGUGUCUCUACUCCCCCCCCUCCUGCCCAUGCUCCAUUGUUUGAUGGCAGGGUGCCAGCCCGUUAGGAAGAUGAGUCUCCAAUCAAUCAGGGCUUCCCAGGGGGGCCUCUGACCGCAAGGACCGGCUUCCUAAUUGCCCGCGGGCAGAGAGGCCGACUCGCAGGCUGAGCCGCUGCAGCACAUGUUGACGGACAAGCUGAAUCACUUUCCUGCACGGACGGACGCCAUAUUGCGUGGAGAUAAACGGUAUUUACGUCUUUCUCUUUACAUCUCACCAAGGAUGUCACACCUUGUGGGGGUGUCGGUGGCAGGGGAACCCGCCAGCCCAUCAUCUAUGAUCCUUAUGUGAGACAUGAACAAACUUGUCUUUCUCUUUUCUGUGCCUUCUAAAGAUAUAAAAACUGCUGAAAAGAGGCAGCUAAGAAUGCACGUAAUGGGACACGCCCAAAGCCUUCUGAAAAACCUCCAAAAAGUGCCAACAAGGCUCCAUUUCCAUAACGUGACCUGCAUGCUAACCAAGCUAUUAUUAUUGUUAUUAACAUUGUUACACCAAAGAACUACG